GACCCCACUGCCCCCAUAACCCCAAGGCGCUGUCCUACCUGCACACCUUUUGCGAGAGGUGAGCCCGCCCCGACCCGAUCGCCUCCAUGACCCCAAUGCGCUGCCCUUCCUGCACACCUGCGAGAGGUGAGCCCGCCCCGACCCGAUCGCCUCCAUGACCCCAAUGCGCUGCCCUUCCUGCACACCUGCAAGAGGUGAGCCCGACCCGACCCCGACCCCACUGCCCCCAUAACCCCAAGGCGCUGUCCUACCUGCACACCUUUUGCGAGAGAUGAGCCCGCCCUGACCCGACCGCCUCCAUGACCCCAAUGCACUGCCCUUCCUGCACACCUUCUGUGAGAGGUGAGCCCUCCCUGAUCCCGACUGCCCCCAUGACCCCAAUGCGCUGCCCUGCCUGCACACCUGCGAGAGGUGAGCCCGCCCUGACCCUGACUGCCCCCAUAGCCCCACGGUGCUGCCCUGCCUGCACACCUUCUGCGAGAGGUGAGCCCGGGCCCGACCCCAACUCUGACCACCCCCAUAACCCCAAGGCGCUGCCCUGCCUGCACACCUUCUGUGGGAGGUGAGCCUGCCCGGAUCCUGACCGCUCCUAUAACCCCAAGGCGCUGCCCUGCCUGCACACCUUCUGCGAGAGGUGCUGCCCUGCUUGCACACCUGUGAGAAGCGAACCUCGCCCCUGACCCCAACGUACCACAGCGCCAAGGUGCUGCUUCGAUCUGCACACCUGCAAGAGGUGUCUCCAGAACUAUAUCCCGCCCCAGAGCCUGACCCUGUCGUGCCCCGUGUGCCGCCAGACCUCCAUCCUGCCCGAGCGCGGCGUGGCCGCCCUGCAGAACAACUUCUUCAUCACCAACCUCAUGGAGGUGCUUCAGCGUGACCCCGAUCCUGCCACCGCCCGCGAUCCUGCCGCCGCCGUGCUUGGCUCCGUCAGCGCCGUCACCGGCCAGCCGCUCUCCUGCCCCAACCACGAGGGCAAGGUGAUGGAGUUCUACUGUGAGCCGUGCGAGACGGCCAUGUGCCGCGAGUGCACGGAGGGCGAGCACCGCGAGCACCGCACCGUGCCCCUGCGCGACGUGGUGGAGCAGCACAAGGCCGCGCUGCAGCAGCAGCUCGACGCCAUCAAGAGCAGGCUGCCCCAGCUGACGGCGGCCAUCGGGCUCGUGACGGAGAUCAGCCAGCAGCUGGCCGAGCGCAAGAACGACGCCGUCUCGGAGAUCUCCAGCACCUUUGAGGAGCUGGAGCGGGCGCUGCAGCAGCGCAAGGGCGUGCUGGUGCGUGACCUCGAGGCCAUCUGCGGGGCCAAGCAGAAGGUGCUGCAGGCGCAGCUGGAGGCCCUGCGGCAGGGCCAGGAGAACAUCGUGAGCAGCUGCACGUUCACGGAGCAGGCGCUGCACCACGGCACGGCCACGGAGGUGCUGCUGGUGAAGAAGCAGAUGAGCGAGCGGCUGAGCGAGCUGGCCAGCCGUGAGUUCCCCGAGCACCCGCACGAGAACGCCCAGCUGGACUGCGUGGUGGAGACGGACGGCGUGCGCAAGUCCGUGCUCAACCUGGGCGCGCUCGUCACCACCAGCGCCGUGGCCCACCGCACGGCCGCCACGGGCGAGGGGCUGCGGCACGCCGUGGUGGGGCAGCCCGCCUCGCUGGCCAUCACCACCAAGGACAAGGACGGCGAGCUGGUGCGCAGCGGCAGCGCCAGCCUGCGCUUCACCGUGACGGGGCCGGACGGCAGCACCGCCGAGAGCGAGGUGCUGGACAACAAGAACGGCACCUAUGAGCUGCUCUACACGCCACGCCAGGAGGGCGACUUCCUGCUCUCCAUCCUGCUCUACGGGCAGCCCAUCCGUGGCAGCCCCUUCCGUGCCAGGGCUGUCAAGGCCUCCGACGUGCCGCCCUCGCCUGACGACGUCAAGCGCCGCGUCAAGUCUCCCAGCAGCGGGCACAUCCGGCAGAAGGCCGUGCGCCGUCCCUCCAGCAUGUACAGCAGCGGCAAGAAGAAGGAGAACCCUAUUGAGGACGAGCUCAUCUUCCGCGUGGGGAGCCGCGGCCGGGAGAAGGGCGAGUUCACCAACCUGCAGGGCAUCUCCACCUCCAGCAGCGGGCGCAUCGUGGUGGCCGACAGCAACAACCAGUGUGUCCAGGUGUUCUCUAAUGAGGGGCAGUUCCAGCUGCGGUUCGGGGUGCGGGGUCGCUCCCCGGGGCAGCUUCAGCGCCCGACUGGCGUCACCGUGGACACUAAUGGCGACAUCAUCAUUGCCGACUACGACAACCGCUGGAUCAGCGUCUUCUCCCCCGAGGGCAAGUUCAAGACCAAAAUUGGGGCAGGGCGGCUGAUGGGCCCCAAGGGCGUGGCUGUGGACCGCAAUGGGCACAUCAUCGUGGUGGACAACAAGGCCUGCUGCGUCUUCACCUUCCAGCCCAACGGCAAGCUGGUCACCAAGUUCGGCAGCCGCGGUACGGCUGAGCGCCAGUUCGCAGGGCCACACUUCGUUGCUGUGAACAACAAAAAUGAGAUCGUGGUGACCGACUUCCACAACCACUCGGUGAAGGUCUUCAGUGCGGACGGCGAGUUCAUGUUCAAGUUCGGGUCCCACGGUGAGGGCAACGGGCAGUUCAACGCCCCGACUGGCGUGGCCGUGGACGCCAACGGCAACAUCAUCGUGGCCGACUGGGGCAACAGCCGCAUCCAGGUCUUCGACAGCUCGGGCUCCUUCCUGUCCUACAUCAACACGGCGGCCGACCCGCUGUAUGGACCCCAGGGGCUGGCGCUGACCUCGGAUGGACACGUGGUGGUGGCCGACUCCGGCAACCACUGUUUCAAGGCCUACCGCUACCUGCAGUAGCCGCCAGGCCGCGGGCGGCCAUGUCCUCGCCCGCCGGGCCUGCCCGCGCCAGCCGCCUGCCCACGUGCCACAGACGCUGGAGGCCGCAGCACCCUGGGCCCCUGCCCCGGCACAGCUCGGGGUCGGCGCCCCCUCGGCCUUCUCCGUGCCAGUGCCAGCAGCCGGGGGCUGCCCCCGUCCUGCCCCUGCGUCGCCUGCCUUGGGUGCUGCUGGGGCCUGGGUCCAGGGGAGGUGCUAGUGGGGCUGGGGGCUGCUCCCCCUGCCGUGGCUCUGUCCCCCUCUCCCCAACCGCGCGGGUGUGAUCUGCACUUUAUUGCCAGUGCUGGGGCAGGGCCAGGUGCCGGGGGGACUCCUGCCCCUGUGCCCCCCAGUGAGGCCAAGGCUGUCCUGGGUUCAUCCUGCCUGUGCAGGGACCUGCUGGAGCCGAGGAGGGGGGCGGGGCUGGGGCAAACCAGGGGGGGGGUCCUGGAGCUGCCCCCAUCUCCUCUGUUGUGUAGGAGACGGUGCUUCCCUGGCCCUGGGGGGCGGUGCUGGGGGGUUGUGGGGUGUGAGCAUGGAGCCUUGUGCACGGUGGGGGGGAAUGGGUCUAGCCCCUGCCCCCUCAUCCUGGGUUCAGCUGUGCCCCCCUCCCUUUCCUUCCCUUCCCUUCCUCUCCCUCCUUGCAACCCAUGAAUAGUGGUUUUGCACCCCCUCUUCCUGGCACCAGCUGCCCCCUCAGCAAUAGCAGCAGUCCCCCACCCCCCGGGGCUGUGGAAACAGCAGGGGGUCCAGACCCCUGCCCCCCACCACAGGCUCCCCCUGCCCCCUCCCCCGCUUCGAGCCCCUGCCUGGGGCCAGCCAGUGCCCCCACCCGCCGGCCCCGCGGUGCCGCCAUACGCUAACAAACUAUAUGUACAAAAUAAAGUAUUCUGAACAGA